UUGUACUACAUCGGUUUUGAAUUCAUAGCUUUUAUUGGACGUUUUAUCUCCAUAUUAAGUUAACACAACCUGAGGGGGUACUUAAGAUAAUUUAUUUUUGCGACAGAUCGCCUAAAACAUCACAUUGUAACGUAUUUCCAGGAUACUUUAUUAUAACAGAAGUGAUUAUUAGCCAAUGACUGCACUGCACUGCAUAUUGUUCAUUUGUCGUAUAAUGUGAUAGACAUGAUAUGGUGUACGUGAAAUCAACAUCUAACAGGUUUCACCACUGACAGCAUGUCCAAAUCAGCCUCUAAGAAUGGCUACGACCGAGUGCCUCUGGUUUCUGCGACUCAUUCUGACUCUGAAGACGACACUGGACCGGUUUCUUAUAUAGCACUCAACAAAAGAUACCGCCAAAGAUCCCGACAGAAGCCCCUUAUAGUGGUGGGUUUCUUCAUAAUAAUAAUGCUUCUGUCGGUUAUCGCCGCUAUGUGUUAUGUGUUAGUGCGGCGAUCUGACACCACCAGCGGUGCCAUUACCACGCCGACAGGUGCCAAAUUUGAUAAGUCCGGACAAGAGGCAGAAAUCGCCACAACAAAACGAGCUGACGAAAAUCUAAAACCACAGACUCCGAAUUGGAAGGUUACCUUUAAGGAACUUGGUACAGAGAGCGUGAUGAGGCUGAUCGAUAUUGAUGGCGACGGAUUACAAGACGUAGUUUUUGGUGCCGCGUCCACUGCGGAUCUCGAAGCCAUAAUUAAAAUAGACUCAAACGGAAGUUUGUGGGCAUUCUGUAAUGCAUCAGGAAGGAUAUAUCCAUGUAUUGGGACUCUUAUUGGAAUGAGGGGAUAUGACGGAAAUGUUCUAUGGAAAGUUCCCACAAGAUCCGGGGCAAUGCUAAACAAUUGUGAAGAUUUCGAUCUAAAUUUAGACGGGAACAUAGAUUGUGUCAUUGGAGGGCGCAGUGCCAUGAUGGAGGCCGUGGACGUCAGGAAUGGAAAACAUCUCUGGGAGGCAAGUUCGCCAUUUUUUAAGAAGAAGUGGAAUUUCUACCAAGCAAUGGCACUGCCCGAUUUUAAUGGAGACGGUGUCAAAGAGAUAUUGGUGAUGCAUGGCGGGGAUCCCAGUAUAGAAUCUGAU